CCUAAGUUUUCUUAUAUAAUUCUGCAUUUCUAACAAGCUUUCCAGAUGAUGCUAAUGCUGUGAGUCCGUGAGUGACAAUGAAGGGCAAGGAGCUGCAUAAUUCUAUCUCAGAGAAAUGGCAGAAAUUAUGCUGGCUUGGAGGAAGAAGAUAUGACAAAUGGCUAGUUUGCAUACUGAAGUGGAGACAGUGGCAGAAAGAGAUUGGCUAUAUUUUUAAUCCUCUGAACUUUUGGGCUAUAAUAACCCUGAUCCAUUAACAAAAUAUAGGGAUUACUUAUUUUAUGUGUAAACUGUAAUAUGAACUGCAUUUAAAUAAUAUGAGAAAUAUAAUCAGUGGUAGUUCAGUUGGUUGAUAAUAUUUACUUGUUUGUAUUUUUUAAUUUCCUCUUUCAAGACAGUCACACCAGCUAUAUGGAACAGGAAAAUCACACACAGUUUUCAGGAUUUCUUCUCCUUGGACUGUCAGAUGAAGCAGAGUUGCAGCCUCUCCUCUUUUGGCUUUUCCUUUCCAUGUACCUGAUAACUAUUUCUGGAAACCUGCUCAUCAUUCUGACCACCAUCUAUGACUCCCACCUUCAUACACCCAUGUACUUCUUCCUCUCCAAUCUGUCUUUUUCAGACAUCUGUUUCACCUCUACCACCAUCCCAAAGAUGCUGCUGAACCUCUACAUCCAGAACAAAGGCAUCACCUAUGAAGGCUGCCUCACUCAGCUGUAUUUUUUCAUCCUUUUUGCAGAACUGGACAUUUUCCUCCUUUCUGCAAUGGCCUAUGACCGAUUCGUAGCUAUCUGCCAUCCACUGCACUACACAACCAAGAUGAACCCCCGGCUCUGUGUCUUGCUGUUGCUGGCAUCUUGGAUAUUGAGUGUCCUGGACUCUUUGCUACGUGGUUUACUGGUGUUGCGGCUGUCCUUUUGUACUGACUUGGAGAUCCCCCAUUUCUUCUGUGAAAUCAAUCAGGUUAUUCAACUUGCCUGUUCUGACAGUCUUCUCAAUAUCAUAGAGAUGUAUUUUGCCACUGUGCUCAUGGGCAUUAUUCCCCUCUCUGGCAUUGUUGUUUCUUAUUCUCGGAUUGUCUCCUCCGUACUGAGGAUUACAUCAGCAAGAGGGAAGUACAAGGCAUUUUCCACCUGUGGGUCUCAUCUUUCAGUUGUUUGCUUGUUUUAUGGCACAGGUCUUGGGGUGUACCUCAGCUCUGCCACUACCCAAAAUUCCAGAACCAGUGCAAUAGCCUCUGUGAUGUACACUGUGGUCACGCCAAUGCUGAAUCCAUUUAUUUACUCUCUAAGGAACAAGGACAUAAAAGGGGCUCUGAAAAGUCUUGUCAGCACUGUCACUUUCAAUGAGUGACAGGAGUGUUUUCCUUGGGGCUGGAGAAGUUCUCAUAAAUAGCCAAGAACAAGACUGGCAUCCAAAAAGCCUGAUAUUUUUGAGGUCUUCAGUUGUCUUUUUUUUUCUUUUUCUUUACCCCAUGCCCCUUAAAUCAAUGAUACCAUGUUUUAUUUUCUGACAUUGCUUUUUUUUUUUACAUUGCUUUGAUGUAUUGAUAUUUCUUUCUUCAUUGUUUCUCAACUUUUUCAAUAUUUCAGGUUUUCCCUUUCUAACCUAAAUCACAAUAUCCUGAUGCCCUGAAAAAAAAUGCUGCCUUUGAAAUGAAAGCAGUAAAAAAAAAAUUACAACAGAAAAUUUUUUUUAUUCUUUCAGGAACAUGAGAAAAAUUUUGGAGUAAAUAUACACAGACCCUCAAGGGUAGUACUUUUGCUGAAUAAGUCAUGGUAAAGUUCAGCCACACAAACAGGUGAACUGACAUUGUAAAUGCAGAAAAUUCAGGAUAUAUAGUCAGAAGGAAACUUUUGAAAUAGUUAAAAAAAAUCUACUUUAUUUUCUAAAACCUUGGUAACUUUAGUUUUAAGUAAAUGUUAGUAUGUAGAAGUGAAGUGAAGUUGCUCAGUUGUUUCCGACUCUUUGCAACCCCAUGGACUAUAGCCUACCGGGCUCCUCCAUCCAUGGGAUUUUCCAGGCAAGAGUACUGGAGUGGGUUGCCAUUUCCUUCUCCAGAGUUAGUAUGUA